AUGGCACAUUGCUAUCAGAUGAAACCUACUCCUCCGGACAUGGAGUACUUAGGUGAUGGUGCCCCUGGAAGGCAGCCUCUAGGUGCUCAUCAAGCAGAGCAUGCACAUUUGACUGUGGCCAAUGGUUAUGGUCUGGGUUUCGUUUGUGCCAAUGAUCAACUGACUGAUCCCACUACUUCUGAGGAUUGGGUGUCAGCUAUGGCUGACCUCUGGUGCCUACCCAACCGAUCAUUGGCACUUCCUAUCCUCUGGGUGCUUUUCGUGUACCUUGACCACCACGACAAGUUGCACUUGGAGCAUUGUCCACAUGAAUCUGUCACAGCUCCCGGUGAACAUCUUGGCCCUACCUUCGAUAGAUGGUGGGUUUGUCCUUCUCUUGGUGGCCAUUCUGCCCCUGUUGGUGAUGGCAAUGUGUAG